UUCCCGCUUUUGGUUAUGCUGACGGAACUACUACUAAUUAUAUGUUUGUAUUUUCACGUUGGUUGACGAGAAGAUUUGGGGGGGAAAAAAAAACUCUACCAAACGUGACACCGCUGCCACCUAAUCACUCACAUUCUCAACGCUGCUACAGUAAAGUAAAUCAACCCCCAUUCUCGAACCUGCUACACAUUAACAUUUUCAUUUACGGUGCCCCAACAGUAGAAGUAAUCUAUUUUCACACAUGACCCAACAGUUUCAAUCAACGAAGAAAAAUCCAAUUUCAAUAUUGUUUCUCUGGUUUAGAUCCCAACACCACCUGGAUAAGGCAGGAAAUCGAUAACCAGGCCGGGGAAAUCACAAUCAAAGUGACUUGAUUUGAUUCAGUCGAGAGUUACAGUUUGUGAUUUGAUUAAUAUCUUCAACCACAACUUCUGUUUCUCUUUGUUACUAGUUACUACCCAUUCUUUCCUCCUCUUGUUUGGUAGCAGUUGGACUGAAAGGAAGAAAAAGAAAAAAUACUGACAAAUCCAACUCAGUCCACGGCCCCAUUUCCCCCCACCACCAUCCCCAUGAAAUUUCUAGCCUUUCCUCCACCCAAUUUAAACCCCCAGAGCCAGAUGGAAACGAGAUCCACAGCCGCAUUCGACCCACCCACCAUUAAUCCAUACCCACUUUUCUUAAACCCUAUCUUCUCUUUUCUCCCUCUUUCUCAAAUGGCGGUCGACACUCCUCUGCUCGACCCGCUUCCUCCUGCAACCCGCCGGCAGCAAUGCGGCCUCAUGCUCUCUUCUCUACUCAUUUUCUCCGUGGGUCUCCUAACAUUGACCGGCCACCGGAGCCAGCGGUCCCUACCCAUCUCCCCUGGAGUUGACCACCACCGAACGCCGCCGGCGAGGGGAGUCAGGGAAGGGGUGUCGGCGAAGUCGAGCCCGGGAUUCGUGGGAGAAGAAGAAAGGGUUUCGUACAACUGGACCAACGCCAUGUUCAACUGGCAGAGAACUGCCUACCACUUCCAGCCACAGCGUAAUUGGAUGAACGAUCCUGACGGCCCAUUGUAUCACAAAGGAUGGUACCACAUCUUCUACCAAUACAACCCGGACUCCGCCGUCUGGGGCAACAUCACGUGGGGUCACGCCGUCUCCCGCGAUUUGAUCCACUGGCUUCUCCUUCCGUUGGCCCUCGUCCCCGAUCGCUGGUACGACGUUAACGGCGUCUGGACGGGUUCCGCCACCCGUCAUCCGGACGGCAACAUCUACAUGCUCUACACCGGCAGCACAGGGAAUCUCACCCAGGUCCAAAACCUCGCCCACCCAGCCGACCCGUCCGACCCGCUCUUGCUCCACUGGGCGAAGAACCCGGCCAACCCGGUCCUGCUCCCGCCUCCCGGUAUUGGGCCGAAGGAUUUCCGUGACCCGACCACCGCGUGGCUGGGCUCGGAUGGGCUGUGGCGGGUCGCGAUUGGGUCCAGGGUCGAGAAGUUGGGCCUCACGCUGGUUUACAAGACCAAGGAUUUUCUGAGCUACGAGCUGCUGGAUCAUUACCUGCACUCGGUUCCGGGUACGGGUAUGUGGGAGUGCGUGGACUUUUUCCCGGUGGCGGUCAACGGGACGAAGGGGCUCGACACGUCGGCGGCCGGGGAAGGGAUCAAGCAUGUGCUGAAGGCGAGCUUGGACGAUACGAAGCUGGAUCAUUUCGCCGUUGGGACGUACGAUCCGGUGGAGGAUUUGUGGACGCCCGAUGACCCGAAGAAGGACGUGGGAAUCGGGUUGAAGUACGAUUACGGAAGGUACUAUGCUUCCAAGACGUUUUAUGAUCAGGAGAAGCAGAGGAGGAUACUGUGGGGUUGGAUUAAUGAGACUGAUACUGAAUUCGAUGACCUCAAAAAGGGCUGGGCUUCCCUCCAGACGAUUCCGAGGACGGUGGUGCUGGAUAGCAGGACGGGAGCGGAUUUGCUGCAGUGGCCGGUGGAGGAGAUUGAGAGCUUGAGGCUGAGGAGUUACUGUUUUGAGGACGUUUUGGUUGGUCCUGGUUCUGUCGUCCCGCUACACAUAGGCUCUGUAACGCAGCUGGAUAUAAUGGCGGAAUUUGAAGUUGAGCUGAUAUCAGGGAAGAAAACCGGCGAGGAGAACAGUUGUGACGGUGGAGCAGUGGAGAGAAGCAGCUUGGGACCGUUCGGGAUUCUAGCUCUGGCGGAUGCGUCUCUGUCGGAGCUCACCUCUGUUUUCUUCCGGCCAGUUCAAACUACCGCUGACGCUGUCACAACUUACUUCUGUACCGACCAAACCAGGUCAUCUUUGGCUCCGGACGUGUUCAAGGUCGUGUACGGAAGCUCGAUUCCGGUGGUGGGCGACGAGAAGCUGCAGAUGAGAGUGUUGGUGGAUCAUUCGAUCGUGGAGAGCUUCGGGCAGGGAGGGAGGAGAGUGAUCUCGUCCAGAGUUUAUCCAACCAAGGCCAUCUAUGGAGACGCCAGGCUCUUCUUGUUUAACAAUGCCACGGAUGCCAACGUGAAGGUGAAGCUCAAGAUUUGGGAGAUGAACUCUGCUUUCAUUCGCCCUUACCCACUAGACCAAUUGUGAUUAACUUCUUGUUAUGGAUUUUAGUGGCUAAAAGCAGCUAGCUAAUUGUUGUACUAUUACCUGCAUAUAUAUAUACCUCCCCAGAAACUGAGGUUUGAUUAUUCAGCUCAUUGGCCAACUAUCUUCAACUUCAAAUGUAACAGAAGAACCACCUCAAUAUUGUUCUGUUAUAU